GGGCGCGCGUCCGGGGGUGGCGGCAGCGGAGUGAGUUAACUGGGGCGCCAACGGGGGGCGCGGGCGGGCGGAUGGGGUACUGACGGGUAUCCGGGACGCGCUGCACCGAGGGCCUCCGCCGCGGUGGGACCCGGCGGCGCCGGAGCGCUCCCCCACACCUGGGGCCGCAGCACCCGGGCAGCGUUUGUCCGGGCCGCGCAGCCGCGCUGGGAUGCGGACCCCGAGCCUGGCCCCCGCUCCUGUGCGGGUAGUUAGGCGGGCGGGGGUUUGGACGGGGUCUGGGGCGGGGUCCCGGGCGGGAGGGGUGGCCUGGGGUGUUCCCCUUGGGUUUGCUCCACCCGUCACUCUGCAGGCGGCAAAAGAGAGGCAGAGAGGUCGAGCAGCUUGCCCGAGGCCGCCCAGCACCCAGAAUGGCAAAGUCCGAGCCCUACCCUGUGGAAGUGCCCCUGGAUGACAGGUCCAUGGGGCAAACUGUCGUGAAGUAAACGGAGUUUCCAGAGGCCGGACGUUACAGGGAAACGAGAACUCGGUGGUCUUUGAGGAUGUGGCCGUGGACUUCAAUCUGGAGGAGUGGGCUUUGCUGGAUUCUGCUCAGAGGGAGCUCUACAGAGAUGUGAUGCUGGAAAACUUCAGAAACCUGGCCUCAGUGGAGGAUGAGACUCAAUUUAAGGCCAAUGGGUCAGUUUCUCAGCAGGAUAUUUAUGGGAAUAAAAUAUCCAAGGAGCAUAAAAUAUCAAAGUUCACUGGAAAUGAUUCCUUGACCUCCGUCUUAGGAAAAAUUUGGGAAGAACUCAGCCUUGAAGAUCAGCACAUAGACCAAGGGAGACAUCUGAGAAAUCACGUGGUGGAGAGACUCCAUGAAAGUACUGAUCAAUGUGGGGAAGGCUUCAGUCAGACUCCAAAUCUUAACCUGUACCAGAAAACUCUUACUGGAGUAAAAAUGUAUGAAUGCAGUACACAUGGAAAAGUCUUCACGCAUCAUUCAUCCCUCAAGAGUCACAUCGCUGUUUGCACUGGAAACAAACCGUAUCAAUGUCAGGAAUGUGGGCAGGCCUACAGCUGUCAUUCACACCUAAGGACGCAUGUGAGAACCCACAGUGGAGAGAGACCCUAUGUGUGUAAAUUAUGUGGAAAAACUUUUCCUCGUACUUCUUCCCUCAACCGGCAUAUAAGGAUUCAUACUGCGGAGAAAAGCUAUGAAUGUCAGCAAUGUGGGAAAGCCUUCAUUGAUUUUUCAAGUCUUACUAGUCAUGUGAGAACGCAUACUGGAGAGAAGCCAUAUAAAUGUAAGGAAUGUGGGAAAGCUUUCAGUUAUUCCUCAACUUUUCGAAGACACAUGAUAACACACACUGGAGAGAAGCCCUAUAAAUGUAUGGAAUGUGGGGAAGCCUUCAGUUAUUCCUCAACUUUUCGAAGACACAUGAUAUCACACACUGGGGAGACACCACAUAAAUGUAAGGAAUGUGGGGAAGCCUUCAGUUAUUCCUCGGCUUUUCGAAGGCACAUGAUAACACACACGGGGGAGAAGCCCUAUGAAUGUAAACAGUGUGGGAAAACCUUCAUUUAUCUCCAAUCUUUUCGAAGCCAUGAAAGGAUUCACACUGGAGAGAAGCCCUAUGAAUGCAAGCAAUGUGGAAAAGCCUUCAUUUAUCCCCAGUCAUUUCGAAGGCAUGAAAGGACACAUGGUGGAGAAAAACCCUAUGAGUGUAACCAGUGUGGUAAGGCAUUCAGCCACCCCUCAUCCUUUCGAGGACACAUGAGAGUGCACACUGGAGAGAAACCUUACGAGUGCAGGCAGUGUGGAAAAACUUUCAACUGGCCCAUAUCCUUGCGAAAACAUAUAAGAACACACACUAAAGAGAAACCCUACGAAUGUAAGCAAUGUGGGAAAGCCUUCAGUUUGUCCGCUUGCUAUCAAGAGCAUGUGAGAAUGCAUCCUGGAGACAAAUCAUAUGAAUGCAAGCUCUGUGGGAAAGCUUUCAGUUGCCACAUCUCGUUACAAAGACACAUGAGAAGGCACACUGCUGAGAAGCUUUAUGAAUGCAAGCAAUGUGGGAAAGCCUUCAGCUGGCCUGAACUUUUGCAACAGCACGUGAGGACGCACACUGCAGAGAAACCUUACAAAUGUAAGGAAUGUGGUAAAGUCUUCAAAUGGCCCUCAUCUUUACCAAUACAUAUGAGAAUGCACACUGGAGAGAAACCAUAUGAAUGUAAGCAGUGUGGGAAGGCUUUCAGUUGUUCCUCAUCCUUAAGAAGACAUGUGAGGAUACAUACUACCAAGAAACACUACAUAUGAAACUCGGGAACUCCUCCUGCAAAUGAAUUCAUGCACAGUACUUCAGAAAAUUCAUAUCAGGAGAGAAAUCUUACAAAAGUUGUAAACCUGGUAUUGCCUUUAUGAGUCCUUCAUCACUAAAGUGGACCCAUAGGGAGUGUAUUUCCAGUUCUUUUGCAAAUAAACAUUUAGAUGAAAA